AUGCCAGAAGUCGAAGCAAACGACCCACUAAGUAAAAAUACUGCCAGGCUUUCAAUUUCGAUUGCUAACUUGGAAGAAGAAGAAAAUCCUCGUCACCUGGUGGCAGAGUUUUUAAAGGCAUCUGAUGGAAGUAGACGAGACUCAGCGGUUUCAAUCACGUCUGUAAACGAAGAAACAGACGUCGACACAUCUUUGCUUGGAUUCAAGGACAAAUAUGAAGGAUCAAAACAACCUAAUAAUAAAGAACGUUCAAAGAGAAGGAGGUCAUCGACUUCGUCAGUCACAUCCAACAAUAACAAGAAUAGCUCAUUGAAAUCUGACAACAAGAUUCACAAAAAGAAAUUAAAAAAGUCCCAAGAACCGCCUACAUUUGAGUUAGUUACAAGCGCAAGCGCCGAUAAAAAGCAUCCAUCUAUCAAGAAACUUUCACUUACUAAUAUCCGAGAUCUAAUCAUUCACAUUUUCAACAAAGACUUAAAUCAUAAUUUAUCCUGGAUAAGAUUAAAGCAAAUAACAGAGAUAAAGAAGGUGGUAUUCUGCUUCGUCCCAGGGUUAGUCACGGACGAAUUUUUAGAGCCAACUUCUACUUAUCGAGAUGAUAAAUUUGUACCUAUGUGUGAGACGUUGAAAACUGAGGGACUAGGGUUUUUUAACGAAAAUUUUGACUCAUUGAUUCAAGUAACCGCACCAGGUAGCAAAGAUUCGUUAUUCCUGGCGUUGCACACACUCACUAAUGUACCGUUGACAAAGAAAGAAAAGAAAGAUCAAAUCGAUAGCCUGAGGAAAGCUAAGUUGACAGUAUGGAAUCUUCUAUUGAGCAAAGAAGACAUGGUUCAAAAUAAUUAUCCUAUUCAUUCUAACCUAGUUGAAAAUGAUGAACAUCUUAAUAAUGUAGAUUCAUGUGAAUGGGUGCAAACUAGGCAGUUCGACCAUGAAGGGUCGCACACUUUUGCUUUGGAUUGUGAAUUUUGUCAGGCGGCAUCAGGUAAGGUAUUGACUCGUAUAUCAUUAAUAAAUUUCCAAGGUGAUGUUGUAAUAGAUCUGUUGGUCAAACCAGAUGAAGUAAUUACUGAUUAUCUCACUAAAUAUUCUGGAAUUACAGAAGCUAAAUUGGAGGGUAUUACAACAAACAUAAAAGAUAUUCAGGAGAAGAUACUCAGUAUUGUAUCGACCGAUGACAUUUUAAUAGGCCACUCAUUGGAAUCAGAUUUGAACGUAAUGCACAUAAAGCACCCCAGAAUUAUUGAUACAGCACUUGUAUUUGAACAUCAUAGGGGCCCUCCUCUGAAACCCUCUUUGAAAUGGCUUUCUGAAAAAUAUUUAAGUAGACUGAUUCAAGAAGGUGAAAAUGCAGGGAAUGGCCACUCAUCAGUAGAAGAUGCAAAGGCAUGCCUAGAUUUAAUUAAGGUGAAGUUACAAGAAGGUGAAUAUUUUGGAAAAAAUAUGAAUGAAACCUCAUUGUUCGAAAGAAUUAAUAAGGAUCGUUUAAAUGUAAAAAACAGCAUAUCCCAUGAUCCAAUAAACUCCUUGUUCAUAGAUUAUACCCCAGUUCGUGAUGCAGAUACUAAAGGUUCUCAAAAUCAAUUGCAGAAGGUACAAGUUAGUAACGAUGACGAAGCAAUUGAUCAUCUUGCUAAUAAUGUAGAUCGUACAGAUUUAACUCUUUUGAAAUUGAGGGAACUUGAAUUUAAUAAGGGCUGGUCACCAAUUCCAAAGACAUAUGAUGGGUACAUUGGACUAUCUGAUAAUCAAUCUGAAUCAAGUGUCGAUUCAGCAGAAGAUAAGAAUCAUUUAUUUCGCAAGCUUGACGAAAGACUCACGAGAAUAUAUUCUGUGUUACCAGAGAAUACCAUGUUGAUUGUUUGUUCUCCCCUGGGUGACCCGAGGGAAAUGAUACGCUUACAAAAUGUAAGAAAGAAGUUCCAGUGCUUGGAACGAGAGGGAGUUGAUGUUUCUACUAUACCAGAGGAGGAUAACUGGAACUUUGAGAAACAAUGUGAAUUACAGCAAGCUGUUAAUCUCGCCAGACGAGCUAUGUGCUUUAUCUGUUUGAAACAAGCUAAUCAGAAGAAUUAA